UUGUUUGCCACCGUCCUAUCAUCUACAUUUAUGCCUGCAUGACAAAAGGUUACAUAACGUCAGUUGACUGGCAUCUGAAAGACUUCCGAGGCAAAACGAAAGUUAGAUAAACCGAAGAGAAAAGCCAUGGAGAUGCAGGAGAUUACCACACAGGAGGAAAGAAAGAAAGAAGAUGAAGAAGCAAAUGACCCGAUGCAGGAGGCCAAAACUGAAGUUAUAGAGGAAGCAGAACCAGACCCUUAUUCUAAACUACAAAACCCAGCUGAGGACAUCUAUUCAGAAGCUUUUUAUGGUGGCGCUCCAGUUAAAACAAAAGCAGGCAAACAGGCUGAGGGAAACACACGUCUGUACCGUGCCGUGUGUUUCUUCCUCACCAUAACCUGCCUGGUCCUGCUGGUGGUUGUUUUUAUCCUCAGUCUGAAACUCCAAAAUGGAUCCACAGUCUGCCUGGAGAGAGUGGAAACUACAACAGCCCCAACGUGCAACUACGAGCAGUGCCAGGAUUUCUUCCCCAAAAGUCGUGGCCAAUAUCGCAGCUGUCACAAGUGCGACGACGGGUGGCUGACUUUUGGUCAAUCGUGUUUUUUCCUGUCCACCACCAGGCUGAGCUGGGACGAGAGCCAGAAGAACUGCAGUGCUAGAGGAGGCUCUCUGGCUGUCAUUAGCAGCCCAAGGGUUCAGCGUUUUCUGACCAAGGAGGGGAAAUUUACUUAUUGGAUCGGGCUGAGACAGAGCGGAGACACAUGGACCUGGGUCAACAACGACUCGCUGCAAGACCGUUAUUGGACAGAAGGGACAUCACAAGGAAAUUGUGGGAUGCUCAAGAGUAGUAGCCCUCCUGAGAAGAACUGGCUCACAGCUCAGUGCCACGCCUACACCUACUACAUCUGUCAGCUGCAGCUGUGACAGCGUCUGUCAUUUUUAACAGAAUAACAAGCAAAUGAAAUUCUGUCAACAAGCAUUCACUUAUCAAUAACAUUUCAAAUCACUUCCUCUUUCUAAUCAAUACAUCAAUUAGUAGUACUCAGCAAAGAAAGACAAGUAGCAUUUUAUAUAAUAGUUUAAUACUGUAUUUUUCAUUCUCUUGUAGCAUUGUGUUGCCUAAUUUGUAUUCUUACAUCUCUGUUUUAUGCGUAUAAGCACUUAUAAGCACCUUACUCUUAUAUACUGAAUGAUUCCUCAUACUGCUGUUUGACUUUGUCACAAAUAAAGGCCAGUAAGUUUGUUUCAACAA